UGAAAUCUCCAGUCAUGAGUUUUAAAUUGAUGAGUGGUGACACCUGUAAUUUGGGAAAUGCAGAGGGAUAUCGGCAUAGAUAUUCUCAGCACAGAAAUUUUCGUAGUCCAGAUACUUCUGAAGUAAAGCGCAAAUGGAAAAGUCUUAAUAAACAAUUUCAACGUGAUAUUCUGCGCUUAGAACGCUCGUUAGGCGGUAUGGAAAGUCGGGAAAAGUCUUUGGCCUCCGAGUGGAUAAGCAAACUUAAGGCACAUCCACCAAAUCUAAACGAAGCUCUCGCUCGUAACUAUAUUCUGGAAUAUUUACUGCGAUUUAAUAAACUCAACAUAUUUAAUUGGAAGCCAUUUAGUAAUCCAUCGGCAAUAAAUACCUUGUCGAAAUUUCCAGCUUUAAUGCCUAUGAUGUCUUUAAAGAAGAAAUCUCUUAUAGAGCUUAUUAAUACGUCCAUUGAUAAUGGUGAUUUCUUAUAUAAACUACCAGUGCCACGAGAUGGAGCAUUCUUCAUUGUGCAUCUUAGCCCAAAUUUUUCAAAUUCGGAUUCAACAGUUUUAAAAUUUUAAUAUUUAACAUCUUUUAAUCUUUCCAUAUGUUAUACUCAAAACGGCACUGCUGAUGCAGCAAUAGAGUUGUCACCUUAACAUAAAUAGAUGUGAAUGCCGAGUGCCAUAGCAGCAAGCAAUUUAACAUAAGCAAA